GAAUUCACGGUCAACAGAAGAACUGCCACAUAGAGCACCACUACGAUCGGUAAUUUCACCAAUUUUCAUGCCAGGUAAUAAAGUUCUUGUUGUAAGAUCUAUAGUUCCUUCUCCGCAAUCAACGAUUAAGAAUGAUGCUAAUAUGGAAAGAAAUUUGCAACUUGUAGCUUGGGGCCUCAGUGCCUUGGCCCAAGGACCUCCCCCCAAAAAAAAGGUAGCUAAACCGCGGCCUAAACCGGUAGAAUUAUUCAUGAUACACCUCGCCGAUAUAAAGGAGGAAGACAAACCACCCCUUCCACCAAGCUUAGAUGCAAAAAGGGCCAUUACCGAUUAUUUACAUGAAAUGAAUAAA